AUGACUCUCGGCUGCGGGUCGACGCGUUGGAGGCGGAUUUGCGGAAUUACCAUCACCAGUCCGAUCGUCAAAUCAACCGUUGGCACAGGCACCGAUGUUUGGGUCCAGAUCCAGAUCCAAACACUUCGUAUGUCACGUACACGUCAACCCUUUGCAAGACCUUGGUUUUCUGAUGUAUUGUAUUAA